AUGCAAGAUUCGGAAGUAGUCUUGGAAUCUCCUGUCGAACCUCAAUCAAGGCAUGUUGUGUACUGUGGAGUUUGCUAUUUACCACCUGAAUACUGUGAAUUCGGUGGAACAGUAAAAAAAUGCCAAGAAUGGCUUCAGAAAACACAUCCGGAAAUGUUCCAUCAGUUGUGGUCCGAAGAUGCAUUAUCAGCAGCGGUUUCUUCUCUGUCCGUCGACGCACUCAAGCGAGCAGAGAAAGACGCUCUCAAGAAAGCUAUCAAAGCCGAGGCUGCAGAAGCUAAACAAGCUGCCACCAUUGCAGCAUCCAAAGUAGUAAUUAAGAGGGUCGAAAGAAGCAAGCGCAAGUACGUUACGACAGUCACUGGACUUGAGGCUUUCUCACUGGAGAACAAAAAAGUAGCAAAGGAUUUAGGGAAGAAGUUUGCUACAGGUUCCUCCGUCACGAAGAUUGCUAGUGGAGGAGAAGAAAUUGUGGUUCAGGGUGACGUAAGUGAAGAGAUUGAGGAUUUCUUACUGGAAAAGUACCCAGUAAUUCCGGGAGAUAAUAUCGAGCUAGUCGAAGAUAAAAAGAAAAAAGGAACAGGCACGGGACCAGGUGGUGGGUAG